UUUUUAAUGCUUAUAACGAGUCUCCCCCUACCGACACAGUAAUGCAGUGCGAUUCUUCUAGUUUCGUCAGAGCUUGAUCCAGCGUUAAAAUCAGACAGGCGACACUAUAAUUCACUCCCUCCACGCUACCCCUAGCCCAGUUGUCCUGCUUUUGCUUAUCGCCCUACGGCACGGCAACAAUUCUGGCUUUCUUCAUUCAAGGACAGGCAGAGGAGGGGAAGAGCCCAGGGGAGAGGCGCUGAAGCAAAGCCGGCUUGUGAACCGGAAUCACCAGGUCAUACUGACCUUGGCUCAGAACAGUGAGAUCACAGUAGUUUUCCAGCCAACAAAAGAAAAUCACCAUGAAGACCUCAGACAUUUUCCUUCUGCCCGCUGUGCUCCUCAUGUACCUCUUCAACUGCUGUCUUGCACAGAGUGAAUCUGACCUCAUAGUAGCAACAAGGUUGGGCCGUGUGCAGGGUGUACGCUUGCCUGUUCCAGACCGGAGUCAUGUGAUUGCUUUCUUGGGCAUCCCAUACGCUGAACCUCCGCUGGGGAAGAGGCGUUUCAAGAAAGCAGAGCCCAAAAAGCCCUGGAAUGGUGUCUUCGAGGCUAGCGAAUACCCAAAUGCCUGCUUUCAGUUUGUAGACACCUCUUACCCAGGCUUUCCAGGUAUCGAGAUGUGGAACCCCAACAGAGUGAUGAGCGAAGACUGCCUGUACCUUAAUGUGUGGGUACCUCCUGCCCCUAGGCCACAGAAUCUCACAGUAAUGGUCUGGAUAUACGGUGGCGGCUUCUAUAGUGGCUCCUCCUCUCUCGACGUCUAUGAUGGUCGAUACUUGGCAUACUCUGAAAAGGUAGUGGUUGUGUCUAUGAACUAUCGUGUUGGAGCUUUUGGAUUCCUUGCCCUCAAUGGCUCAUCAGAAGCACCAGGAAAUGUGGGUCUCCUUGACCAGAGGAUGGCCCUCCAGUGGGUCCAAGAAAACAUCCACUUCUUUGGCGGUAAUCCAAAACUGGUCACCAUUUUUGGAGAAAGUGCUGGGGGAGCAUCAGUUGGCAUGCAUGUUCUGUCACCAGACAGCCGCCCGUUCUUCACACGUGCCAUAAUGCAGAGCGGUGUUCCUAAUACCCCCUGGGCUACUGUUAGCUUUGAUGAGGCUCGUCGGAGGGCCACCUCGUUAGGCAAACUCGUUGGCUGCAAGGAGGGUAAUGAUACUGAGCUGGUUGACUGCCUGAGGAACAAACAACCACAGGAACUAAUUGAUCAGGAGUGGCUAGUGCUCCCUUAUAGCAGCUUGUUCCGCUUUUCCUUUGUACCCGUCGUAGAUGGCAUUUUUCUUCCCGACACCCCAGAUGCCAUGCUUAGCUCGGGGAACUUUAAAUACACUCAGAUCCUGAUGGGUGUAAAUCAGGAUGAGGGAUCUUACUUCUUGCUUUAUGGUGCACCAGGAUUCAGUAAAGACAAUGAGAGUUUGAUAUCUCGAGAAGACUUUCUUGAAGGUGUGAAGAUGGGCGUUCCUCAUGCUAAUGAGAUUGGCUUGGAGGCAGUUAUCCUUCAGUACACUGACUGGAUGGAUGAGAACAACCCCCAGAAGAAUCGAGACGCCAUGGACGAUAUUGUAGGAGAUCAAAAUGUCAUCUGUCCUCUGCAGCACUUUGCGAAGUCUUAUGCCCACCACGUUGCCCUCCAUUCCCAGCCAGGAGCUGCAGCUCCAGGGACACUAGGCUGGGGAAACUCAGGACCAGCAAGCUACAACAGUGGCAACUCACAAGGUGCUGUGUACCUUUACCUGUUUGACCAUCGAGCCUCAAACCUGGCCUGGCCUGAGUGGAUGGGUGUAAUCCAUGGUUAUGAAAUUGAGUUUGUGUUUGGCCUGCCAUUAGAAAAACGACUCAAUUACACAGCAGACGAAGAGAAACUCAGUCGACGAAUAAUGAAAUACUGGGCCAACUUCGCUCGCACUGGUAAUCCCAACGCUAACACCGAUGGCACCUUCACAGACAAUCGACAGUCGAAGCGGUGGCCUCAAUUUACAUCUACUGAGCAAAAGCAUGUGGGCUUGAACACCGAGCCACUAAAGGUGCACAAAGGUCUAAGAACACAGGUUUGUGCUCUGUGGAACCGCUUCCUGCCUCGCCUGCUUAACAUCACAGACAACAUUGAUGAUGUUGAACGACAGUGGAAAAUGGAGUUCCAUCGCUGGAGCUCUUACAUGAUGCACUGGAAGAGCCAGUUCGACCAUUACAGCAAGCAGGAGCGCUGCACAGACCUCUAGAUAAAUCUGAUGAAAAUGUAAGAAAGUGCAGGUCAAAGAAAGGGAAAACUGAUGACCAUAACCCUUAAUAGUCUCUUUACAGAACAGCAAAGGUUGCCAAAGCUUUUUCGUUGAUUACUGUCUGAGAGUAGGCAUGAGAAUGAAUUUGUGAAUGUUGCACUUUAGUGCAGAGUUUUAUUCCUCCUUGUAUAGAAUAUUAUACUUAUCACUCAAUUAUAUUAUGUGACAUAUAUAUAUAUAUAUAAGGAGAGGUGAAUUCAAGCUGCUAUUAGAGAUUAUCAAGUGCUACGGUCAUCAAAUGUAUGUUAUCCGAUAAAAAUGUUAUAGUUAUAUUACCUCUGAACAGUGAGCGUGCAUGUCUGUUCCACUGGAACCUAGAAACCCUCAUUUACACUGGUCCUCAGGAUCCCACUUUUUUAUAUAAUUUUCUUGUAUUUAUCCUGUGUUCUUAUCGGCUUAAAUUAUAUUGGCUGAUUCACCAUACAUUUAUCUGCAUACUGUAUCUACCACAUCUACUCCGUAUUUCAUGUGCUGCUUUAUCCCUUAUCGUGUGAAUUUGUCUGCUGUCUCUGCUUUCUGACUGUGGUCCAAUUCAAUAUACUAAUACUUCAUGCAAGAAUCAGGAGCUAUUUAAUUUCAUGUAUGUUGUCUAACUGAACGGAAAUGUUUCUGCGUGGGCGAGUCUGUGUGUGUUAAUGUACUAAUAUUAAAUACCUAUUUUUAUUUCAAUGCAUGUGUUCUAGUGCCCACAGCAUGACUCUUCUUGUGUGUGUGUGUGUGUGUGUGUGUGUGUAUGAGAGAGAAAGUCUGUUGUUUACCAUAUACCAACUACAUAGGUCAGUAUAAAUGUCAGUAUGUGGAAUACAGCUCAUCUGUUUCACCUCUUCUUAGUUCAAAUUUCAUACGGGCAUUGUAUGUUUGAGUGUUUUAUCUUCGAUGGAGAAAGAGGGCUUGGUGAGUAAGACUAAUGUUGUCUGUGUGCCAAAGGGUCAAUAUCAUUUUUUUCCCUUGCUGUCUCCCUCUCUCGAUGGGAAAAGCUUAUUACGAUAAUGGAGGGAGAGUAAUUUACUUAGUGCUCAUUUGAAAUGACAGCCCGCUGUGUCAGCCAUCUUAACUCCAGCCCUUUUGAUGCAGUGGGAGGAUGAUGAAGGAAAACACAAGCAAAGGGAAGCUGUAAGGAAAAACAAGAAUACAGGGUUACAGCACCCACUCUUUUGACAUGUUCUAUAUUUAUUGUAAUAUUUGGUGUAUUUUUUUAUUUAAGUAAAUUAUUUGCAUGACUGCAUCAAGUAUCAAAAGAACUAAAAGUUUUUAGUUAGCUUAAAAAAGAGCAGAUGUUUUAUUUUUUUUUAAUGUAUUUAUUAAGAGUGUGGAAUUACAUAUAUUUGCAUUUUGCCUGUGAAUCUGGAUCAAACAUUAUUUUGUAUUUUACUGUGUGAAUGCAUCAUGGUCAAUCAUUCUAUCAUAAUAUACACUGUCAUAUACAUGCUAUUCUAUGCCCGUCUCAUUGACUUCCUGUCAGUCUAUUUUUUCCAAAAUAUAGAGUCCAUGUACUUGUCUAGGACUAUUCAUCUAGUGUUUUGUUAACACUGUGGAAAGGAUCUGACUGAGUGCUAAGACAGCAGGUCUUCCCGCACACAAAACGACAUUAAGCAUUUAACCUCUGAAUAUGACUGGAAUAAUGUAGAUUAGCUUUAAACAAUGCCAUUUAAAAUGAAAAUAAUAUGUAGUACUAGCUAUAAAAUGUCACGCGGGUAUGGUACGAUUAUGUGUGUUUGUUUAUGGGUCUGAAUGACAGCUGCUCUUUCCCACCUAUCUCUUCCACUCCAUGAAAUCUCCCUGUGCAUGCCUUAGACCCCUCCUCCUCUGUAUUAUGUGCUUUAAAAUUUGACUGUUAUCCUCUCUGACAAUAUUAGUGCUGAUGUCUGUUAAUAAUUACAUAUUUAUAGCUAUAAAAACACUAUAAUAGCCCAGAGAUAGAUCUUGAUGUUAGCAAUAACAAAAUACACUUAAAAUGGAAUAUAUUUAUUUGAAUGCUUUGAUACUCAUGUAAUAUGUCAAAAAGUGGUCAUGAAUUGACAGCAAUGAUCACAAAUAUUGUAACUGUCUGUAAAUCAGCUGUUUCUUCAAAGCAAUAUAGAGUGCCAUAUCCUAUCUUGCAAAUAUUUUUCUUCAGUUUUUAAUGUUAUCGUUUGUCUAAGUUUCCUAAUGUCCUAUUAUGGCAAUUCUCAAGUAAAUUGGUUGUCACAAGUUGCCACAGAGGAUACCCGCCUCUUAAUUUCAUCAUAGAGAAAAUAAAAAAAUAAAAUGUUAUUUAUAAAUAUUAUAUUGUAAAUUCAUAUUAUUCUACCCCAAAUAUAUGUAGAACAUUGCACAUAGCUGAGAAAGCAUAUGUUCUGCAUUUGUUGCACUUUGACAACAUAAUAGCAAUCUGGUAUUGUUCUUUUUAUUUUAUUUUUAUUAUUAUUAAUUUGGUCCAGAUAUUGCCUGUCGUGUCAAAUUAGUGCCAAACAUGUAUAGUGACAGCAUCGUGCAAAUCCUCCGCAUGAUGUUAUUUGUCAUAUCCGCCCUCUUUGGGCACCAUAUCAGAAACUUUCCAACGCAAACACAAUAAACAGUUAUUAACUUAAAGGAAA